AUGGGACUUGGAUGCACUGUGCCUGAAUUGGAAGUUGUAGAAAAUGAAAUACCAGUAUUUGACAAAACAAAGUUCUCGAUGUAUCUGCCUCCAAUCCAGGAAAUCAUCAAGAACAAAGAGAUAAAAUCAGUAGUGCUUUGUGGCAUUGAAGCUCAUGUAUGCAUUCAGCAAACAGCUUUAGACCUUCUAGAGAGUGGGCUGGAUGUUCACUUGGUGGUAGAUGCUUGCUCUUCACGCUCCAUGAUAGACAGGAUGUAUGCUUUUGAGAGGCUACGAGACAGUGGAGCUUUUCUGACUACAAGUGAAUCUGUGAUCCUAUGCUUAGCAGGUGGCUCUUCACACCCAAUGUUCAAGCAGCUUCAGAAGAUUAUCAGGGAGUCUGCCCCAGAUACUGGACUCCUGGCUGCUCGCCACCAACCUCUUGUAACUGCUCAAGCUGAUGCAAAGCUUUAGUUUUAUGUGAAAUUAUAAAAUAAUUUUUUGUAUUCAAAUUAUAGAUUGUUAGCCAUUGCAACACAUGAUAAUUAAAUUAGUUCAAUAUGUCAUCCCAAAUUAAAGUUGACCUUCACAAUUGGUGAGCUGCUGGUAUUUGUAAUACAUUAUAUUUCUCUCAUUCUUUUGCCAUGAUAGUAAAUUAUUAAGUUUUAUGAUCAAAUAAGUAAAUUAAAUUUUUCAUUCAUUUUCCUGCCUUCUAGCUUACCUUUGUAUUUGCUCAGCUGCUCUUUCCUGUUACCUAGGGCAAAACGUUUCAUCAAAUACACUGGGCAUUACUGCUAAGCUUUGGACUAUAUGAAGGUAUCACAAGGGUUAAUAUUCAGAGUGCUGCAGUAAGACAAUGCUUUGUAUGUUGGCAAUGUUAACUUUUGUACAAGAAAGGGAAUUAUAAUUAUUAAUUUCACUGUUUAGAAAACAUUUUUCACUGAAAAAGAGCAGGCUUACUCAUUAGUUUUGAAAGUUGUGACAAAAAAUAUCCAUUACUGAAAGGCAUCCUAAUCCUUGUCCAUCUCUUAAUUUUUUUUUUUUUGCUUUGUGCUUUAGCAUUGGUACAUACUAAAAUAACAUGCCUGUACUGUGAACAUCUUGCAGUUUGAAGAUGAAGUGUACCAUUGUCUGCACUCGUACAGCACCAUUGCCCGAAUAAUAUUUUCCCAUACUUGUGUACCUCUAUUUUGUUUUUCUCUUAUUUUAUCUUCUUACGUGUAUGCGAUUAAACAAUGUGAUAACAAUAUAUUCAAAAGAAAGCUGAAAGUUGUAAAAGUCUAGAAAAUAGAGCAUUAUCACUUUCCGAUGUACUAUGUGUAACCACAGGUGGCAAUACAAGAAUGACCCCAUAACCCCAUAGUUGAAUUUAUUGGGUCAUGUUUCCAUGGGUCAGACAGCCAUUAUAUAUAUUCAUGAAUAAUGUUAACAAUUAUAUAAAAAGAUUCUUGAAGUGGAGGUAUGUAUAUAUAUUUUUUCUAAAUGCAUAAUAGUUACCCAUAUAUUUAACAUUUGUAUAGAGGUAUGUUGUACAGUACAGGUAAUAUUUGUCAAAUGUUAUAUAUUGUACAAUCUUGUGCCAUUAUGUAACAUAAAUGGGUAAUCAUAACCAAUUUGUUUUAUACUUGUACGACAGAAGAUUUGUUAUUGUAUUAUUUUCAAUUUGAAUUUUUGCUUGUGGGAUACAAAUGUUAAUACAGUAUAGUGACAAAUAUAAAAUGCCAUUUUCAUGGCGUUUACCUACUGA